AUGGACUAUAAAGUCCCUACGCAUGCAGAAAUCGAUCCUUACUUUUCUGUGAAUCCAAUUUCUGAAUGGCAACAUUUCAAUGCGUUUAUAAACUUCAAGUUAGAAGAUGGCCGAGUCUAUACAGCAGAAGAACUAUUUAGGAGCUUCUGUAGGUCACUAGCAUGCAUCGAGAAUGGUAAUUACCCCAAAUUCGUUAUGGAUUAUGCAAAAAAUCUAAAGACGGCUACGAAGCUUGCAGAGAAGAUUAUUGAGCGUAUUGAACGACGGCAAUUAAUGAAGGAAAAUGAAAUUGAUAUUCAGGAAAAGCAGUCCUUGCGGGUUCAAGUAUCUAAAUCGAAAGCAUUAGAUGAUAUAACGAAUGCAAUUAUUGGAAAGCGUAAAAGAGACAGUAAUGACGAUUAUGAUAAUGAACAUAUUAACAUUGAGACUUUUGAUAAUGAGCAAACGGCCAGAGAAAAUUAUGCUAUUUCUGCAAGAGAACUUAGUAAUGACCUCGCGAUGUCUUCAUUCAACAUUAAAGCGAGCUCUAAACAAGUUUUUACAUGGGAACAUGUAAUACCGAAAAUGGAAAUAAAUGAAAAUUCAACGAAGGAUGUAUGUCCACAAAUGUUUGGAACUGAUGAACCUGCUUACUAUGAUUUUCGGAAAUUUCAGAAGUCGGUUAUUGAAAAAUUAAAAACUGAUCCAACUUUAAGCUAUGCAACCGACGUUGAAUCUAUAAUUGCUUUAUCAAGCAUAAUGAUAUUAAGAAAAAACAAAAAACCAGCUUAUGUUUUGCGUACUGAGAAUGAGUGGCGAAUGGCGUUUCCGCAUAUUAUCUAUAAAUUUAAGAUGCCAACCCUUAUCCAAGUCACAGUAUGUUCAUAUAUGCAGCCUUUAAUGAGAGGUGAUUCGACAGAAUUUGAAGACUUGUGGAGGCAGAACUGGAGUAAAGUUUCAUUAUUGGAAGAUCAAAACGAUAGGAGGAUAUUUGACUCAAUGCAGAUGAUAACACGUAAUUUUUUUUACAAUUUGCCAUAUGGUAAAAAUAAGAAUUUAUCAAGUGAAGAUACUUACGUCCACAGAACCUGUCAUGUAAUUUUGGAAGAAAUUUUCCGUAUCGAAAAUAUGCAACUUAUAUGGGCAAAUGGGGAGAGUAGUUCGUCUAAAAAUCAACGCUCAGAAGACGGUAAUGCCCAUGGGUUAAAGCCAGACUUUCGUUUAAUUAGUGAAGAUGAAAAUCAGUCUGAAAUUUUAUUCGGUGAAAUUAAACCACCAAAAGUGGAAAACCAUAAAUUCAUUGUAAAUCAGGCACUUGCCAAAUUGGCCAAUCUUAUGAAAGGUGCAUUAGACCAAGGAAUCCAUGACGAAACAUACGGUGUACUCAUUAACGGAAACAGAAUCGAGUUUUGGAGAAUUACUUUAAAUUACGAUGGUUUACAUCAGUUCAUGUCUCUAGUUGAAAUGACCUUUCCAACUGAAGUGGCAGAGUUCCUUGUAAUUCUCUCCGUCAUGGAAAGAUGUUAUGAAUUAAAAGAACUUAUUGUUGAGACGGAGAAACGUAGCAUGAGAAAUGGUAGUUCCCAACUGAAUGUAAACUAUCAGCGUGAUUCGAACUCGAGUCCUAUGAAGACAAAGGUAUCAUCGUAUGAAGAAAAUGCGAAAAUCUGUAUAGUUAAUUCGGAAAUUUCAAGAACAUUGAUAGAAUUUAAAGACCCAAUCGUAUCCGCAAAAAAUCGUACUUUACAACUUUCAAAAGCAUUUUCAAAUAUGCCUCCUAUUGCAAAAAGUAACCAUUAUGAUUACCUCGUUAUUGGUGGAGGUAGUGGUGGUUUAGCUUCGGCCAGGCGCGCCAGUUCUUAUGGUGCUAAGGUUGGCAUUAUAGAAUCGAGUGGUCGGUUAGGUGGAACUUGUGUUAACGUCGGUUGUGUUCCUAAAAAGGUUAUGUUUAAUACUGCUUCUGUUGCUGAAGCUUUGCAUGAUGCGCAGCAGUAUGGCUUUGAUCUAACAUCGAUUCCUAAAUUCAAUUGGGGCUUCCUUAAGCAAAAACGCGAUGCAUACAUUAAGCGUCUAAAUAAUAUUUAUCUUAAUAAUCUUGUCAAAGAUGAUGUCGAAUAUAUUGAAGGAAAGGCAAGUUUCGUAUCCAAAAAUAAGUUAAGAAUAGAACGCGAUGGACAGGUUGAGGAAAUAGAAGCAAAAAGAAUUCUAAUUGCCACUGGUGGUCGCCCUCGCUUACCCCGUGAAAUCCCUGGUUUCGAAUUGGGCAUUACGAGCGAUGGUUUCUUUGAUCUUGAAGAACAGCCUAAAAAAGUUCUUGUCGUUGGUACAGGAUACAUUGGAGUUGAACUUGCUGGAAUAUUCAACACUUUAGGAACGAAUACAUAUAUAAUUACUCGUUCGGAUGAAAUUUUGCGUUCAUUUGAUCCAAUUAUCAAAGAUACGCUUCUUGAACAGUCAAAAAAGGAGGGUAUACACGUUCUAUCGUGUGCCAAAGUAAAUUCUUUGUCACGUGACUCGCCCUCUGGUCCUAUAAAAGUUAAUUUUACCUCAAAAGAAACAAACGAUGCAGUAGAAGAAUUUGAUACUGUUCUAUGGGCGAUUGGAAGGAUUCCGAAUAUUGAAGAGUUAAAUUUGGAAUGUACCGGCGUCAGACUAAAUGAGAAAGGGUAUAUCAUUAGUGAUGAAUAUCAAAAUACCACUGUCGAAGAAAUUUAUGCUUUAGGUGACGUCUGUGGUGUGGCGCAGUUAACACCUGUUGCUAUUGCUGCCGGGAGACGUUUAUCUGAUCGUGUCUUUGGUCCUCCAAAGUUCAAAUCCAGUAAACUUGAUUAUAACAACAUCCCAACUGUCGUAUUUCAUGGUACUUGUGGUACUGUUGGUUUGACAGAACCUGAAGCACGAAAAAAGUUUGGAGAUGAAAAUGUCAAAACCUACACUUCUAAAUUCAUAAACAUGUACUAUGCUAUGACUGAACAAAAGCCCGCAACAGCAUAUAAACUUGUUGUAGUAGGUGAAGAAGAAAAGGUUGUCGGUGUUCACCUUGUUGGAAAAGACUCCGCUGAAAUUUUACAAGGGUUUGCGGUUGCUGUUAAAAUGGGUGCUACGAAAGCAGAUUUUGAUAGUACUGUUGCGAUACACCCUACUGCUGGAGAAGAAUUGGUAACGAUGAAAUGA